AUGGCGUCUUAUUUCAUGCCCUCGUUUGUCCAGAAGCGGCUCCUCAAAUAUGUCCUAUCUCGCGUGGGCCUCGUGGAAACAGAUGCCUUAGACCUGGACAAUCUAGGCAUUAGCUGGGGUCAGCGGUCGGUGGUCGAGCUGAAGGAUAUCGGCCUGAAAUUAGAGAAAUUAUCGACCCUCCUUAGCCUUCCUGCUUCAUGCGAGCUGCUCAGUGCCCGUGUACGCCUUCUUCGAAUCACGCUUCCGGCCGACGUUCACAGUAGCGGGAUACUUUGCGAAGCCGACGGUAUCGACGUACAUACUCGGUUAUUGCCAGAAGAGCCGAAGAGAUCGAAACAUGAGAAAGGGAAAGGUGCGGGUCUUGAAACCUCAACGGUACCCACGCCGUCAGGGUUGGCGGAAUCCUUCCUCGAAUCUGAGCCAAAAGAGGAAAGGGAAGAGCUGCAAGCUGCGAUAUCGUCACAAUCCGGGGUCCUGCCAGCUGAUCCAUUAGCUUGGAAUGCGGAUGACGAGAAUGAGCUUGGUCUUGGGAACGAUUCGUUUUCUCUGCCCACUUUUGUGGCGGGGUUCCUGAAAGGCGUUAUCGAUCGGUUCCAACUCCAGAUUAAGAAUGUGGUUGUGCGCGUGGACAUGGAACUCAAGCAGGAUGCACCAUCAAAGCGACAACCGGAACACAAACCCGACUUGGUUGCCGCCCUGUUGAGUAUUGGGGCAGUCGAAGUACAAGGGGUCUCUGGAACAACUACUGGUUCUGGGGAGGGGCCACCCCUCCGAGAAGGAAAACGACUCAUCUCAAUCACCGAUGUGAACAUUGGUUUGGUGUCAGAUUCUACCGUGUUCUCAAACUAUUCUCGAUUUGCCGCCCCUGCCUCGCCUACCACGACGAUGCGGUCGAGAGGGAGUCAACCAUCCAGCAGGGCACAAUCUCCCUCCCCAUUGAACCGCUCUGUUCUCUCCGGGCCUUAUAACAACUCUGGUCGCUCUGAUUACUCUGAUCAAUAUGAGCAAGACCCUCUGGCUAUGACCCAAUCCACAAUUUUAGAACCACUGCAAGGAUCUGCCCACUCCAAUCUCACUUCACGUAGCUUGGAAAAAUCCGCGUUCUCCCACGACGGUCGAUUCUCAGAUGCUGACUCCGAGUCUGGUAGCCAUCGUGGGUACAUGGAAGACUCCCAGGUUUUCGGUGAUGAUCCUUUCCAAGACAACCCAGGGUAUCUGGACUCAGUUAUUGACACUCAGUUCGAUGACUUUGAUGAGCAUUCACCGGUUAUGCGACCCCGAGAUGCUCGUAUGACUGACAGUGGAUGGAGAAGCCAUGAUCCGUCCGAGCCACGGAGCUUGGCUCAAAGUCAUACUGAAGAUUUCGAGGAUUCCACCCUUCCACCAAGCCUCCAUGGCUCUCAUAACUACGAGGCACCUCAACAUCAAACUGAUGUUGAAACAGACGCAGCCACACCGCGCGAACAAGGCUCUUACCGAUACGAUGAAAGCGAAAGCAACAAAAAGUCGCAGGAGAGCGUCUCGUCGCAUCAGUCUUCUGCAUUGGUAGAGCCUGACAGCCCAGAUUCAAGAAAACUCGCUCAAUCCGACCUCAUUGAAUCCAAAUACUUCUCUCAUGAUGAAGCCCAAAGUCUUUACAUGAGUGCUAUCAGCCAGGAACCGACUGGCAGCUUUAUGCCAAACAUGCCUGGAGCAUGGGAUACAUUCGACGGUGCUUCGCAUUCCAGAUCCUCCGACAACCGCACUACAAGCGCAGUCCCUGCUGGUCAGGAACAGCUCUCCCAUUCCCAAGCUGAAACGCCGUAUACUAAAUCCCCAUCGAGCGAUCCCGUCGAUGAGCGGCAUGAUUCGGACGACCAAUCUCAAUCCCAAUUUUCGCCCAAGGGUCGACCCUCAACCUCGCUUGGCUCUGAUCUACACGGGGUUGAUGAAAUCAGGAAGCCUGUUUUCUCCAUUGCCAAAGUUCUGGUCUGGGUCUCACCUCCGUCUUCUGCGAAUGAAAAUCUACCACACCAAUCAGCACCAGAGAAAGGAAAGACCGAGGAUGAACUCAAAGCAUCCACGGCCGACUUGGGUGAGUCUGUGUACGAGGAAAGUUUGAUGGCCUCCAGAGCAUACGCAUCUACCAAAUUCGGCAGAGCUAUAGUCGAGCCACGAUCUGAGACGAGCACCGGCCCGCAAUUACCCGAAAUAGCCCUCGAGGUCUUUGCAGCCUCGAUUCACUUUGACAUUGCCACUGGCUGGCUGUUGACCAAGAUUGGACAAAAGGUUCUGCAUGCUCUUGGUGCGGUUGAAAAAGACCUGCCAGAGCAGCAAUCGCAAGAUGGGCAAUCCAAGCCUCAACCACCUGUUCAUCUUGUUGUCCAUGACUUCUCAGUGAAGUUUAUGGAACAUGUCGUGGGGCAUGCUCAUUCCUCGAAGCACGCAGAACCGCCUAUUCCUCCUCCAUACAGCAUGGAAGAUGUGGUCCUCCGUCUCACGAUGUCUGGAUUGGAUGCUCGUCUUUCGACGCAGUCCUCGGCCACUAAGCUGAAUCUGGACAUUUCCAAAUUUACCUUCGGCUUCGCAUCAGAGGACCUCAUUUCGUUUAAUGAGACAUUCAAAAUGCGCGAGUCCACGCGUGAUGUUGGAAACACUUCAAAGGGCGACAUCUCUAUUGCUCUUGUCAAGUCGGCAGACUUGGCCAAAGUCGAGAUUUCUACCUUACCUCUCCAUGUCAAUUUAAACAUUCAGCGUCUGGAAGAGGUUCUAGGCUGGAUGGGUGGUCUGAGCACUAUUCUCGAGCUUGGAAGCUCAAUGUCUUCAGUUUCAACGGUCAAAGGGAGUCCACCACUUCCAAAGCAACGCCCCCGAGGUGUCCAUUUCGAGACGCCUGGCCCAAUCUCCGAGAAGAAGAGCAAGUCAAUGCUUUGGAAAGUCAAUGCGCGGAUUGGAACGAUUCUUCUGGAUGUCAUAGGAGAGACUCAUUGUCUUCAACUCACCACAACUGCUGUCAAAGUUGUGAGCCGAUUUGAAGGCGUUGGAAUCCAGGUGGACAAGGCGAAGCUGGUAGGGCCAUUCUUACUUGACGAGGAUUCGGUUGAUGCGCCGGCCAAAAUUACUUUGGAUAAUAUUCGCCUUGAGUUCCUUUUUGCUCCCAAGGAGGUCGACCUUGAUCGUCUUUUGACGUUGAUCACCCCCUCUCAAGACAAAUACGAAGAGGAAGAUGAUAUUAUGGUUGAUACGUUGCUCCGACAGCGGAGACAAGGCUCUGUUCUUCGCGUAACAGUGACCGGCAUGAAGGCGGUCAUCUCGGAUAUCGAGGGCCUAGAGCCUUUGUCGUCUCUUGGCGUCGAGCUGGGACGGCUAUCAAACGUCACCAAGUAUCUACCGGAAGACGAUCGCCCCGGGAUACUGACGCUGCUGCUGAUUCGCAGCCUUGAUGGACAUGUUCAUGUCGGUGGCCAGAUUGGAGAUAUCGAUACUCAUCUCACCGACGCCGAAGUCGCACAUAUCACCAUGCCUUCGCUCACGGCAGCUCAAAUCAGGAAGCUGUCCGUUCAUCGAAAUCAUGACGAAAAGCUAGUUGGGCAGGCUCUAUCCCCUUCGGACAAAUAUCAAGACCCAGAUGACCCAAGCCCGCCUGUUUUCAUGGCUAGAUACAUCCCUGAUGAGAUGGAUCCGACCUACAAGAUCAAGUUGCAUAGCCUUCUCGUCGAGUAUACAGUCCCAGCUAUUGCAGCUUUCAUAGGGCUCGGCGAUAAUACAACAAGCGCGGACGUGGCUUCAAAUAUGGCUAGUUCUAUUGCGAACUUUGCAGACCAUUCGACAGCUUCGGAUCUGUCGAUAGGGUCGCCAAGGAAGUCAAAUUCAUCCCACCCGAAACCCAUCAACCUGGCAAUAGUGUUCAGAGACUGUGUUGUUGGCCUCAACCCGCGAAACUCUUCUGCAAAAGGACUCGCAGUCCUGACCAAUGCCAAAUUCGCGGGUAGUUUGCAUGACGACGAGUCCGCGGAAGCAUUGCUCGAUAUGAAGAAAGCUUCCCUCAUGGUCAUUGACGAUGUGCAGCAUGAGGGUUCCGACAAUCUGCAUCAGCGAGCUUCGGCUGUUGACCAAAGUAGCCAGGUUCAAGUCUACAUUGACCACGGCUAUGUUCCUGUGUCAUCUAUCUCAUCAGCAACGGCCAGUGUCAAGUUGGCCAACGUUGCCGAGGACGCAACAAAGUCACUUGAUGUGGAGCUUAGGGACGAUCUAUUGAUUCUCGAGACCUGUGCAGAUUCGACACAGACACUCAUCAGCAUCAUGAACGGUCUUCAACCGCCGACUCCGCCAUGCGUAAAUGUCAAGUAUAGGACGGAGGUCAUGCCGCUCCAAGACAUGUUUGCCUCUUUUACUGGAGAUGCUUUCGCGGCUGAUCCUGCUCUUUCGGCUGAUGAUGACUUAUCCACAAUUGCUGAAGAGCCAUCCAUAGAGGAUCAACUGACCGAUGAGCUUGAAUAUGUCAGCGACUUCUCCCCAAGACAAGAUGGCUCUGGGAUUGGUGCCGAAGGCCCCAGCGAUCUUCUGGACAGCUUCCAUUCUCAAUACCAGGUUUCCUCCAGUUUGACAGAAUUGGAUUUCCAGGAAGACCACUUUGCGAAGAAGUCCGCAGUGGGUGGAACCGCUCAUCGGUGGGAUUCCACUCAAAACACCUAUGGCCUUACCAACGACCCGAAACUCCAGCGGAGUCCUCUGAGGGUGCGAGUACGAGACGUACAUUUCAUCUGGAAUCUAUUUGAUGGAUAUGACUGGCAGCGCACACGCGACACGAUCUCGAAGGCUGUCAAGGAUGUAGAGACUAAGGCCACCGAGCGUCGUGCCAGGGGCUCCCGGUUAUCUCCAUCGGCUGAGGAUGAAGAAGAGUCUGUUAUUGGUGAUUUCCUCUUCAAUUCGAUUUACAUUGGUAUUCCAGCCAACAAAGAUCCGCGGGAACUCCACCGUGAGAUCAAUCACGACAUUGAUGAUUUGACCAGUGAGACUGGAAGCUAUGCAACGUCUACCACAGUCACCGGAGCGAGCAGUCGCCCAGGACGAUCAUCUUCUACGAGAGAAAAGAAGUUACGUCUACAUCGCAGCAAGCAUCACAAGAUGACUUUUGAAUUGAAGGGUGUCUGUGCUGAUUUGGUUCUCUUCCCGCCUGGCUCCGAAGAGACUCAGAGCUCCUUGGACGUUCGAGUUAGGGACCUGGAGAUCUACGACCACGUCCCGACAUCGACCUGGAAGAAGUUCGCGACAUACAUGCAUGAGGCUGGUGAAAAGGAGAGUGGAACGAGCAUGAUUCACCUUGAAAUUCUGACCGUGAAGCCUGUGCCUGAACUGGCCGCAUCUGAAAUCGUUCUGAAGGCCACUGUCCUUCCCAUUCGCUUACAUGUCGACCAAGAUGCUCUAGACUUCAUGAGCCGAUUCUUUGAGUUCCGAGACGAGUCCGCCGAACAAUCCACCACCCCAGGUGACAUCCCAUUCCUGCAACGAGUGGAGGUCAACGCCGUCCAGGUAAAGCUAGAUUUCAAGCCCAAACGAGUCGACUACGCAGGUCUCCGCUCCGGCCGAACCACCGAAUUUAUGAACUUCUUCGUUCUCGACGGCGCGGACAUGGUCCUCCGCCAUGUGAUCAUCUACGGUGUAUCUGGGUUCGAUCGACUUGGCCAGACCCUCAACGACAUAUGGAUGCCAGACGUAAAGAAGAAUCAGCUACCCGGCGUUCUAGCCGGUCUCGCGCCGAUCCGCUCUCUCGUGAACGUUGGCGGAGGCGUGCGCGACCUCGUUGUGGUCCCCAUGCGGGAAUACCAGAAGGAUGGGCGUCUUGUACGCAGUAUCCAAAAAGGCGCUGUCGCAUUUGCCAAAACGACUUCGAAUGAGCUUGUCAAGCUCGGUGCGAAACUCGCCAUUGGAACACAGACUGUCCUCCAAGGCGCCGAGGACCUACUCACCACGCCAUCCCACGAUGAGGACGAGGAAGAAGCGAAGAAGAUUUCCCUCUACGCUGACCAGCCAGUCGGCGUGGUCCAAGGUCUCCGUGGUGCGUACAGCGGUCUCGAACGUGAUCUACUCUUGGCGCGUGAUGCCAUCGUCGCGGUGCCGGGCGAAGUGGUCGAAAGCGGGAGUGCCAAGGCAGCCGCGAAGGCUGUCUGGAAGAGGGCGCCGACCGUUAUUCUCCGGCCGGCAAUUGGGGUUUCCAAGGCUGUGGGACAGACAUUGCUGGGGGCGGGCAAUACCCUUGAUCCGAGCAAUCGGCGCAAGAUGGACGAUAAAUACAAACGGUAUUAG